CUAGGGAGGUACCUACUCUAGGUACCUAACUACCAGCUCCUUCAACUCGGGAUUAUCGCCGCCAAAGGGCACUACCGCUCACCUCUCGCUCACCUUAGCCUUCCAGAGAAAUUUUUCCAUAUGACUCAAUGUCCACCCACUCGAUCUGCAUGAAGACCUUUAUGAUACCCAUUACUUCCCUAUGACGACGAUCUAGAUUAUUCUCUUUUCUUACUUUCACAUCCGUGAUAACUACCCUGGACCCUCUUUCCAUCAACUUUAAUUGUCCCGAUAUUUGACUCCAAAUCGGCGCGGAUUCUGCAAUCCUUCACAUUGGCUCUCACUUAUCGUGUAAGUCGUCAGAUCGCGAUCUUCAGCCGCAACCGUCUACGCCUGUUAUCGACAGACAAUCACAACAACAGGAUGGAGACCAGGGUUGUCAAAGUCGAAGCCCAAGGGUUGGGGAGUUUCAGGGACGCAGAUGGCCCCGAGAGGUUAAGCCACUGGGACAUAUCCAGCUCCGCCUCUGGUGCAUCAAUAGCCGCAUUGCGCGACGCUGCGGAAUACAUGCGCACAAAAGACACCCCCGUGGCGUUCCCCACCGAGACGGUGUACGGGCUGGGCGCCGACGCGACGCGGAGCGGCGCUGUCAAGGGCAUCUUUUCUGCCAAGGGCCGGCCGUCAGACAACCCGUUGAUAUCCCACGUCUGCGAUCUGAACAUGCUGAGGGGCCUGUUGCGGCCCGAAAGGCAAACAAUGAACGGCGACGCGGCGGCAGAGACGGACCCGAUCCCAGAGAUUUACAAGCCUCUCAUCGAAAAGUUCUGGCCCGGCCCCCUGACGAUCCUGCUGCGGAAUCCGGAGCCGAGCAAGCUCGCGCCCGAGGUCACGGCGGGGCUGGAGAGCUUCGGUGUGCGAAUGCCGUCCUCGCCGCUGGCGUUGACGCUGAUCAAGCUUGCCGCCGCCCCGCUGGCCGCGCCCUCCGCCAACGCCUCGACCAAACCGUCUCCAACGACAGCGCAGCACGUUUACCAUGAUUUGGAAGGCCGCAUUGAGCUGAUUCUGGAUGGCGGGGCGUGCCAGGUCGGCGUAGAGAGUACCGUCGUCGACGGCCUCUGCGAUCCGCCCGUCGUACUGAGGCCCGGCGGCGUGAGCAUGGAGGAGCUGCGGAGCUGUGCCGGGUGGGAGGGCGUCGUCAAGGCGUACAAGGAUGCGAGUGAGACGGGGAAGUCAGCGCCACGGGCGCCUGGGAUGAAAUACAAGCACUAUAGCCCCAAGGCCAAGGUUGUGCUUUACGAAUGGAGCUGCGAGGCGGGUGCUGAGGGCGUCGUGGCCGAGGAUUUGCAGAAGGCACUCAUCCAGCAGGGCGGUGAUGCCAUUGCCACCAACGGCUCAGGGCCGGCGCUGCUAAAGAUUGGAAUCAUCCGGACGAGCAGGUGGAAGUUUGCAGGAGGAUUGCACCCCGGCACGCUCCAGGUCUCUAAGGUCCACGUUGACGGGGCUGCAGAGGCGAAUGCUAGGGACGAGGUGGCGUAUGAGGUUCAGGAGGGCGAGCUGCAGGACGCGGAGAAGAAACCCAUGGCGAAGGUCCUCGACAUAGAUCUGGGCGGUGACACGAGGGGCAUCGCCCAGGGGCUCUUCUCGGCACUGAGAGAUCUGGAUAGGAGAGGCGCCAGCGUCAUCUUCGUGGAUGGUAUCGACGACAGGAACGACAUAGCAGAGGCGGUCAUGAACAGGCUCCGCAAGGCAGCCUCUGAAAUCCGUGCUUAAAUGAAUGAGCAUUGUUUUGGGCAAAAAAUAGAACCAGGCAUAAAUCUGAGCAUUCGUCAUGACAAUCCCUCUCAAGAAGGAUGUGCUUUUUCAAAAUGAUGCAUUCCCCUUUAGAAACCACCAUGAAACUCCCAUUGUGCAACCGCCGUUUCUCUCUUCGUCUCUCGCCUCAGUUUGCCCCUUCGACACCAUCCGUCGCCGCUCACAAGCCCUGCCGCAGCCAGUCGGCCAGUUUCGACUUGCCCAGCUGGGCCAGGUUGUUGACACCUUGUUCGCUGAGGUCGAUGCGACGAAGGUCGACGUCUUGCGCCGGUGCCUUGCUUACUCUUUGGACGAUGAUGGUGGGGUCGGUCUCCAGGAUGAUGCCGUCAUCGACGAUCUCGUCAAUGGCGAGGGAUACAAGGUCGUAAUUCUCGACGAUUGUGCGCUUGUCGACGGAUUGCCUGGAGAGCUGUUAGAACACACCGAGCGUG